GUAAACAAUACAUGAGACAUAAUUCCUAAAGCGUGCAAAAUAGAGAUGUGUCUCGGAUAUGUCUAAAUAUUAAGUGACUAAAAGCCAUGAAGUGAAAAAAAAUAAAUAAAAAGCUUUAGGGAUUUCUGUUGCGUAGAUGUUUUGUGCAGCAUUGCUGGGUGUAACCCAAGAUCCUGCAGCAAAUAUAACCUAGUUGCUGAGCUGUGCCUUGGUCUGUUGUACACCAUCCGAGUCAAAAUGUCUGAACACAUAGUUUACAAACUUGUGCUUAGAACUGUACAUGUUCUUUCUUCCUAGAUAUGUACUUUACUGAUUGUAUGAAUACACAAAAAUAGAUAAGAUGCAUAAUAAUUUGCACAACAUAUAUUACGAUACAUUUGUAAGAAUAAACAUGUAGACAUCAUAAAUACACAACAAACUAUCGUUUGACACAGUACCAACGCACAAAAGGUAUUGCACAUUAUAUUGUAUAGGGAUGAAGUCACAUGUAAUAUCAGCAUGCAUUCUGUAAUGCACUGAAUCAACAAAAUUAGUUAGACCUAUUAUUAGCUGCAGUAGUGUUGCAAAACUGCAGAGAAACUUUUUGCACGUUUGUAUUUGGCUAAGCAGCUGUCAUUCAAAAGCCAACUUCGCGAAGUCUUACGAUGACUGUAAAACAAAUCACUGUACACGCUUAAAAGUAAACCAUGCAAACCUCUUUUCCCCAUUUUUUUAUGCGUGUCUCUUUUAACCUUGCUGAAGGACGCAGCUGUAUUUAUUGACGUAUGCAAAUUGAGGGGCGGGGCUUGUGAAAAAAAAAAAAGAAAAAAAAAAAAACAGGAACAAGAAUCAGUUUCUCAUUUCUGUCUGGAGUUCCGGUGAGAGAAAAACGAGACGUGGCGAAAAUUGCUCAAAACAUGCAGGAUGAUUUACUGAUGGACAAAAGCAAAGCUCAGCCUCACCAGCACCAAGAGCCGUCAAAUACAGAGCCUCCAUCCACCCCGACCCCCUCCGAGCCUCCGGUCCUGGACGAGCAGAACCACGUCGGUCACAACGAGCGGGUCGCCAUGGAGUCUCCGGUGUUACCGGGUUUGGGUUUCCCUCAGGAUUCCUCUCUCUCGCCGUCGUUCGGCAGCACUUGGUCCACCAACGCCGUAGACGAAGGCUUUUUCCAAGGGAUUCCGUCGGUAAACGGAACGAUGCUUUUUCAAAACUUUCCCCAUCACGUCAACCCGGUGUUCGGAGGUAAUUUUUCCCCGCAGAUGAGAAGGUCUCCGAUGAGUGUGAACCAGAGGAACCCCUACAGCCACCAGACGCUCAUCAAUAAAGUGUCCGCGUCGUCCGCUUCCUCGUCCGCCUGGAAUAACCAUCAGAACGCGGUGUGGAGCUCCGCGGCGAACCCCUGGAGCGGCAGAGACCCGCGGAGAGCGCUCGGGCUCGGCGUCCCGUCUCCGCUCAACCCCAUCUCCCCGACGAAGAAGCCCUUCCCGAGCAAUGUCAUCGCACCCCCGAAAUACCAGAGACCAGGAGCCCUGCAGAAACCCUGGAUGAUCUCCGAGCCUCCGGAGCCCUUCAGAACCGACAACAGCAACAACAUGCUGCCAUUUCAGGAAAGGAAUCGCCCCUUUGACCCAUUCAACUUGCAAACUUUGGAGAAUUCCUUAAUGGACAUGAUUGGGACAAACCAUGACAAAGGUAAACAUCACCCUGCUGCUGGCCCACCAAUGACAAUCGCUGAUAUUAUAUGGAGGAAUCAUUUUGCAGGUCGAAUGGGUCUCAACUUUCACCAUCCAGUAGCGGAACACAUAUUACCACUGAACUCCAGGAGCUAUGGUCGCAGAAGAGGUCGCUCUUCACUGUUUCCUUUCGAGGACGGCUUCCUGGACGAUGGUCACGGUGAUCAGUCGCUGACCCCUGGCCUGGGCUCGCCCACCCGCUGUCAGAAUGGAGAGAGGAUGGAGCGCUACUCCAGGAAGGUGUUUGUCGGUGGACUGCCACCAGACAUCGAUGAAGAUGAGAUCACCAACAGUUUCCGUCGCUACGGUCACCUGGUGGUGGACUGGCCUCAUAAAGCAGAAAGCAAAUCCUAUUUUCCCCCUAAAGGUUACGCUUUCCUGCUCUUCCAGGAGGAAAGUUCAGUCCAGGCCCUCAUUGACGCCUGCAUCGAGGAGGACGGGAAACUCUACCUGUGUGUCUCGAGCCCCACUAUUAAAGAUAAACCAGUCCAGAUUCGCCCGUGGAACCUGAGUGACAGUGAUUUCGUGAUGGAUGGCUCUCAGCCUCUUGACCCACGCAAGACCAUUUUUGUGGGAGGCGUUCCACGACCUCUACGAGCAGUGGAGCUGGCUAUGAUCAUGGACAGACUGUAUGGAGGUGUGUGUUACGCCGGCAUUGACACUGACCCAGAACUCAAAUACCCUAAAGGUGCGGGCCGAGUGGCCUUCUCCAAUCAGCAGAGCUACAUCGCUGCCAUCAGCGCCAGAUUUGUCCAGCUGCAGCAUAAUGACAUUGACAAACGGGUGGAGGUGAAGCCGUACGUGCUGGACGAUCAGAUGUGCGAUGAAUGUCAGGGUGCUCGCUGCGGAGGAAAGUUCGCCCCUUUUUUCUGUGCCAACGUCACCUGUCUGCAGUAUUACUGUGAGUACUGCUGGGCGAGCAUCCACUCGCGCGCCGGCCGCGAGUUCCACAAACCGCUGGUGAAGGAGGGCGGAGAUCGACCUCGGCACGUGUCCUUCCACUGGAGCUGAUGGCAAGCGGCACAUCACCCUCUCCACCCACCCAACACCUUCAACACCACGACCAGUAACCGCACACGGAUCUCCCCUCUCAUCUUUUGUUUUUAGAAAACAAAAAUCAUGGUAUCUCUGUCCACUAUAUUCUCUGCUUACAAACACUUAGAAAAUAUGAAUUUGAGUCUGCGUGCUCAAACAUUGCACUUUGGCACAAACAGUCGAUGUUAACGCUUAUCAGGAUGUUGUGCUUUAAUUCUCUCAUUAUCCUCCGUUUGAUCGGUUUAGUGCUCCAUAUAGGUAACAUUAGGCAGUGUGAGACUAUAUAUAUAAUAUAUACAGUACAUUUACAAAAAGGAUAUAUUUUUAUUUUAUAUUUAUCUAUAUACACAUAGAUAAUACAUUUUGGAUGUCAGACGUUUUAAAGAAGCAUGCACUUAUUGUGAAAAACAGUGGUAGGAAAUUCCCCCCUAGAUGACAAAAAAAGUUACCAAAGGUAAAAUGAAUUCAUUACGAAAAUCAUGUUUAAGCGAGUUGUUAAAAAAAACAAAAAAACACUGAGUUAUUAGAGUAAAAGGCCAUUUGCUCUCCAUGUUGAAAUGAAUAGUAAUACCUCAUGCAUGCAUCUCUUUCUGUUCACUUCAGUUUCUUAGGCUUCAUUUUUUACGAGUUUUUUAGUAUUAUCUACAUGUAAUGCUGCAAUAGCUUUUGCUGCUAAAUCCAUGGUAUGAGUCCAUACUGUCAUACUUUAUUCAGGCGAACGAGAAGGGUCUGCGUCUGCACCGAAACUGCAUGUUAAAUGAGUCUGCGAUGCAUGCUGUAAAAUCGGGUCUCACGUUCAUUUCCCCCACGAUGGGUGAGCGCUAUGGAAGCUUAUUUCCUCCACAGAUUAAAAAAUAAAUAAGGUAAUUGCAUCUUUUUAUCUCACAAAUCUGACUUGGGAGGGGAAAAAUGGACAAAUUCAGAAUUGUGAGGGGGGGGGAAAGUUUGAAUUCUGAGAUGUAAACUCGCAAUUACGAGAAAAAAAGUCAUUGUUAGAUAAAAAGUUUAUGUUUUUUUUAUUCCAUGGCAAAAACAAAAACAAGCUCACAAUUCUGACUUUUUCUCACAAUUGAGUUUAUAUCUGACAAUCUUGACUUUUCUUCUCAAAAUAGUGAAGAAAGAAUUCUAAGAUGUUAAAUUAUAAUUGCGAGAAACUUCUGAGAAGAAAAAUCUAAAUUGUGAGAGAAACUCGAAAUUGAGAGAAAAAAAAUUGAAUUGUGGGAUAAAGUUGCAAUUUUUUAUUAUUUUUUUAUUUCGUCUUAUAUUCUGGUUUUUAUUUAUUUAUUUUUGUUUUUAUUUAUUUUUUGGCAAAGUGAGAAUUGUGAGAUAAAAAGUGUCAAUUUGAGACUUUUUUUUUUUUUUUUUAAUUUUGAGAGAAAGGUCAGAAUUGUGAGGACAAAAAUGUGCAAAUUGCGAUAUAAACUUGUAAUUUUUUUAUUUUGUAAGAGGAAAAAAAUCUGAAUUGUUGCAUAAAAAGUCACUUUUUUUGGCUCGAAUUUCAUGGUGGAGACUUACAAGCUUUUAAUUCUGACUUUUUAUUUCUUAUAAACUUGCAAUUACAGUUCAACUUCUCACAGUUCUCAGAAAGUCCGUGGCAGAAAUAAGCUUCCACAGAGCACAAACUUGGCAUGACGGGAAUACUGCAAAAAAAAAACAAAAAAAAAAAACAUGAGACCGGCCAGAUGACCGAACCGCUCAACCCAGUUAGAUGUAGGACCCUCUAGAGAAAUGUCUUUUAACAGGUGAAGUAAUUUUUGCAGUGAUUGUUCAUAGAAUUGUGCAAUUUUUA